UUGGUCUGGCAGGAACACCAUGACGACGCUGUGCGCGAAAGCAAAGGAGCUCGUCAAGGAACUUGGACGCAGCGAAUGGCUACCCCCGUACAACGAGGAGAGCAUGCGUCAAUUGGCCGACGAAAUCGGAGUGUUCCACCGACAAAUUUCAGACAAGAUCGAGAUGUUCGAAGAUGGGAUUGAGAACCAUCCAUCACAGCACUGUGGACUUGUGGUUACCCAUCAGUGCCUCUUGCGCAACAAACGUGCUGCGCUUGCUUACAUCAAUCAUCGCGUGAACAAGAUCAAAGAGCUGCGGUGGCAAACUGGCAGUGUCGUGCCGGACAACCUGGCCCCCGCGCUGUGUGCUCGCGAGAUGCAGUUUUUCCACAACUACGACCAAGGGCUGAGCAACUACAUGUCGGCUUUCAAGAUAGAUCUAUCUGCUGACUUGCAGCCUCCCAAGGACCUGUACAUUCAAGUACGCGUGAUCAAGGACUGCGGUGAAAUCUACACGGAAAACGGACCAGUCCAGCUGCACACCAACACGACGCACUUUCUACGCCGCACCGACGUCGAGGGGCUCAUUCGGCAAGGGAUGUUAGUGCAGGUCAAGCACUGACACCCUGUAAAAACAACCGCAAGAUCCAACCUCGCUCUAGAAACGAUUUUUCUCCUCCCAAGGAAUGCUUGGUGC